AUGAGUAGCAGUGUAUCCAACUAUAACAAUAGCAAUGCAAGCCAAUGCAAAUACAAGUAUAAUAAUACAAAUCAAUAUAAAAGUCCAGAUCUUUACAACCAAGACGAUUCGAUAAUAAGUAUGAGCUCAAUUACAACACCAAAGGAUAACAUUAUCAAUGACUCAUUGUAUGAGAGCUCCAAUAGAGAUAGUAACAACACAAUCAUCAACCCCAAAGGAACAUCUGAUAAUUAUACAAGUGCUAAUCAAAAUUCAAAAUCAUCUUUAAAUGCCAAUAUAACGGCAGAAACAAUAUAUUCAAACUCCUAUAUUAGUAUAGAUUUAGAUUCCUUUGAGAAUCAAUGUAAUAAUAGAAACUCCCCGACUGCAUUCAUCAAAAGACCUACACCAGACACUUUGACUUCACCAACAUCUCUUCGAAAUACGGCAUCACUAAAUCCUAAUAUCGAUUCAUAUAUUAGCAUAGAUUCCUCAUCCAAUAAUGAUACAAGUAAUGAUUCAUUAUACCAAAAUGCCCAUAGUUCAUUCCCAAGCGUAAGAACAAAUCCUACCCCAUCUUCAAGAUUUAAUUCAAAGCGUAAUAGCACGCUUUUGAAUAAUACUAAUAAUAAUAAUAAUAAUAAUAAUAAUAAUAGCAAUAGCAAAGAGACAAUUAUGCACCCCCAAAGACCGCCAAUUCCAAGCAUGCAGAGGACAAUUAAUUUAAAUAAUUCAAAAACAAUAGAAAAUGCAAUAAAUGCUAUAGAUUUGGCUGCAACAGCCAAAGAAAAUGUUGCAGCAGCGAUACCUAAUGGAAAUUCCAAGGCCAUAUCGAACCAUCCUUAUUCUAUACGAGCGUUUAGUAAUCCCGAAACAAUUGAAGACGAAAAUUCCAAUAAAAUUUCAGCUAAUAAUUCAAACGCAGAUUAUCAUUCAUCAAACUCAAAUAGAAAUAGUGUCUAUUCAAAUAAGUCUAUUACAACAAUUCAUCCAGAGAGGCCACCUAUUCCUACGGCCAAAAAUUUCACGUCUAAAACAAUACCUUCUUUUCAAGAUAAGAAUAACGAUACCAAUAAAACAUUUAAUGGAAGCACCACCAAAGAUGUAGAUGCUAUUGUUAAUGGCAUCUCUCAAGCAACUAAGCUCAUGCCCUCUUCUCAAGGAAGAAAUAUACCUACAAUCAAAUACACUAAUACAGAAAGCAAUAUUUCUAUUAAUUCUUAUAACAAUAAGGAUGAAUAUGCCGACAAUUCAAAUCUUGAUGAUGAAACAAAUACAGUACAAACCAAAUUCACUAUUAGAAAUAGAACUAGAACUGUAAGUGAGAAUAAUACACUUUCAUAUCAAGAAAGAAGCAAUGAUAUUAAUAUCAAUGCCAAGUCAAAUCGGAAUAGUAUUUCUGCAGAUUUAAUUAGUACAAGAAUUCAUCCGGAAAGGCCACCAGUCCCUAAUACAAGUAAAAUUAUAAAUAUUCAAACUACAAACUCGAAAGGAGAUAAACCUAUAUCAAAGAGUAAUAUAGAUUUGACUUCAAAUCGAAAAUCUUUUAAUGGUACAAACUUGGCUAGAAAUGGCUUAUAUUCUAAUAAAGAUUCUUCUCUGAAUUCUUUUCAAAAUCCCAAAGACAGCAAUACUACCACAAGGAGCCUAAGUUCAGGUACUAAUGCCAGCUCAGAAGAUGCAAGCGCAAGAAGUAAUACAAACUUGAAGAGGAGUGGUGUUCAAUUAAAUAAACAAAUAAUUCAUCAAGAGAGACCACCAAUCCCUAAUACCAAUAAUAAUAGGAAUAUAAGCUCAUUAUUUAGUAAUAAUUCUUCUAAUAGAAGUUCAAUUGGAAAUAAUAAAAGAACUAACCUUUAUUCAAAUAGAAACUCUGUCUCUUCAAAACAAGAUACAAAUAGACUGCCAACCCCACCUGCAAACAGUAAUUCUAUUCAAGCUGAUUUAGAGGGGAAGCUAGAAAGUUUAAAAUCCGAUGUUAACUCAGAAUAUCCAGAACGGAGCUCAAAUCCAAAGAGGAAAUCAUUUACAACAUAUACUGAACGAGUUUCUUCAAAUGCAAGAAGAAUCAAUGAUUAUUUAGACAGCAAUACAAAUGCAAGAAAGGAAGCUUGGGAAAUUAGCUAUGCUUCUUUGAAUAACGACGAUGGUUCAACAAGCCAAUAUAAAAAUACAGAUACCAUAUAUCCUUUGAAAAAUUGUGUUAAACCGCCGCCUCCAAACAGUCCUCCACCUCCACACAAUCUCCCACUCCCACUUAGUCCUCCCCUUCCACGUGAUCCACCACCUUCACGUAUUUCUCCAUCUUCACAUAUUCCUCCACCUUCUUAUAUUCCUCCAAAGCCUUCCCAAUUUCUUCCACCACCUUCGCAUGUUCCCCCACCACCGAUAAACUUUAAUGAUACAACUAGACAAAACAGAGAAAAUAACUCGAGGAAAAGUUCUUCUAAUGGUUCUCAAAGGAGUAGCUAUUUCAAUAACGAUUAUUUGAAUAAAAAUCCAUAUAUAUCUGAUGACGAUGACGAUGACGAUGAUGAUGAUGAAUAUCUCGUUUUAAAAAUAAGUAAUGGUAUAAGUCCAUUGAAAGAUACAAAUUCAAAUAAAAUAAAUACAAAAGAUAGAUAUUUAAAUAUUUCAAAUGAAAAUAUUUAUCCAAGUAAAAACUCCAACACAUUAUCUCCCAUACCGAAAUCCAAUCGUUUAAGUCCAAAUAGAGAUUCCUCCAAUAGAGACUCAUUUAAUGGUUAUUCGGAUCGGAAUUCAGCAAGUACUUACUCAAAUAGAGAUUCUAGCAGUGCUUAUUCGAACAGUACUUACUCUAAUAGAAAUUCUGGAAAUAUCCUUCUAAAUAUUAAUCAAAGUUUGUCAAAUUCUGAACCAAAAUCAUAUGAUAGAUUAUCGAAGCAUAAAUUGUCUACAACUGAGUCGGAUAGAUAUUCAAGCAGUAGCUUUGAUAAUAUACAACCAGUAAAUGAAAAGCAACAAUCCUCGACGCUAAACAGAAAUUCAAUCACUUAUUCUUCUGGUCACGAUAUAUUGUCAAAGAGCAAUCAAUAUCCUAAAAAUUCCAAUAGAUAUACCAAUUGCUUUGAUAUUGGUAAUGAGUUAGCAAUUAGGAAAUCACCCCAACAAUUACAGGAUAAUUAUGGAUCGUCGGCGGGUAGCAAGAAUACUGAGGCUUUGUUAAGCAAUAAAGAUUCAAUCUAUAAUAAUGCUCAACAAGGUUUUGAACCAAAUAGUGGGUUUACUAAUAAUAAACCCCAUCCAGAUUUGCCAAUGAUGAAUGGUAGAUCUGUAGUGCAAGGCAAUAGGGCCACUAGAGAAUUCCUACUUAAAAGUAGUAGAGAUUCCUCAAACACAAUAAUAAGUACCACAUCUAAUCAAACCGAUAAUACUACUACCACUGAAAAAUCUCUUGAUACGGACUUAGACUUAUUUAAAAGGAAGCCAAGUAUCGUUGUGAAUACUGCUCCUGAUAUUCCAUCUAAAUUUAUAACAUCAACUAGCAACCCUCAAACGACUACGAGUUAUAAUUCCGGCUAUUCUACUGAUUCAUCUUCUAGUUCAAUUUCUGAAUCAACUGCCGGAUCACUUUCUCUUUCUGCCUCUAAUGAGGCACACACUCCAAAAGUAAAUAAUAAAUUUUCUACAAAUGAUACCCUUACUAUUGAUACAGAAUAUCCAACACUUGUAGAAUCUCCAACCAUGAGCACUAUUCAUUCUUUUACUACUACACAAUUUACAACACCAGAUCCUAAUGAAAAAGUGCCAUCAAUUACCGAUAAGGAAAUUGCUUAUAAAAUGUUGUUACAUGAAUAUUUUAAAGUAGAAUUUAAAGAAUAUGCAAAUUAUUUAGGUUCGAAAAAAAAUAAUCUAAUAUUGCAAAGCUUUAUUGGCCUUUUGAAGCCCUUGCCAUCUUCUUUGCUAGACUGUCUAAUUCAGCUCUCCAAGUCAGUUUAUUUAAUAGCUGAAUCUCAAAAUUUAGAUAGAAUAUUGGAAGAAUUAUCAAAGCAAUAUGCUAAACAAUAUCCUGAUUCUAUAUUCUCCACUCAUUUUGAACUGUAUCACAUUGUUUUAUUUUCGCUUUUAAUCCUAAAUUCAAAUUUGCAUACAUUUGUUGGAACCUCCUCAUCUAUUACAGUAUCACUUAGUAUAUUCAUUGAUGAUACACUUUAUGCUUUGAAAAAGGAAUGUGACAGAAAAAAAUGGGAUUAUUUAGAGCUAGUUGAAAAUGUAAGUUCUGAUGAGAAUAUUAAAACUGCUUUAGCCAAAUACUAUAAGGAAUUGGAACUUCGUCAAUUGCCGUUGUAUGAUCACGAGGAAAUCUUAAAAAAUAACAGUAAGAAGCAUGGACGUGCACAUUUAGCUCAUGUGAACCAAAAAGCUGUAGCCCAUGGCAUUAGCAAUACCACAUCAAAGAUUAAAAAAACAACUAAAAAAUCUUAUUUAUUAAAAAGAAGCGCCAGUAUCGCGACUCUUGCGAACAGCCACCCUACUGAUGAUGGUCAUAACAGACAUUCUGGCAGAAACUCUAGAGGUAAGGGCAAAUCGAAUUCAAGGUCGAAAACAAGGACCACUUCAAAUUCAAAAUCAGCUAAAAAAAUUAAUAAUAGACGUGCAAUAAAGGGAUAUUCACUAAAUGAGCCCUUACUUGUACCAUUUAAGGAUCUUUAUAAAAAGGAGAGUUUUGAUUAUGAGCUUGUUACUAAUCAUGAAUCAAUUUGGUAUGUGGAUGAUAUUAUUAUGACACCACAAACUAUAUUCAGUGCACAAAUACAAUUAAUACCACAGGUUCAACCCACUCAACUUCGAAUACCUUCUGGGUCUAGCUUAAUCUCAACUUCAAAUUCAAGUUCAACAUCAAACAUUUCGAAAAGCGAUCUAAUAUCUAUGGAAACCUCUACAAGGACAAGGUCUAGUACAAGCUCAAAACGUAGGGCCAGAUCUAGUUCAAGAUCAAGGGUAAAAUCUCACUCUAGAUCAUCAUCAGCAUCCACUAUUACAUCUCGCUCAGUUCCGGUCGGGCCUACAAUAUCAAAUGAGGAAAAUGAAAAGAAAUAUCAAACUCAACCUCAAUCACAAUCUAUAAGAAAAAAAAUAUUGUCCAAUUUGUUUAGAAAACCUAAAUCCUCUCACUCACAAUACACAGAUGAUGCUGUUUCAAACAACUGGGAUACAAUUGAAAUUUCUAGAAUAAAUAGUAAUACUGUACGACUUUCAGGAUCAUAUGAAUAUGUUGAAGGUUCUUUCCCCAGUUCAAAUAUAGAUAGAGUUGUUAAAGUUAACAGCGAUUCAGGUCCAUUAGAAAAUGAUGCUAACUUUGGUAUGGCAAUUGCCAGAAUUAUCGUAAAAGAAGGGCGUUUAUAUUUAUUUAAAAUCCCCUUGUCAUCAAAAUAUCCCAAUGAUUUAAAAUUGCAGUUACAAGAAAAUGCAGAUUAUUUGAAUCUAAUCCAAUCAGAAAAUAUUGAUUUAAAUAGUUUACUUACCUUUAGAGAAGCUCAUCAAUCCUUUAAAAUUUAUAAUCUGAAGGAUACUAUUGCCAUCGCAAAAGGAAGUGAGAAGGUACUUGUAGAAUUUUCAGAUGAAAAGACAUUACAGUUUGAUGUUUCUAAAGAAAAUGCAGGUGAAAUUAUUAAUUGUAUUAAUUUUUGGUCAAGCAGAACUUCAAUUCCGCCUAAUUUAUUAGAAUCAUCAUUAGAUGAUACAAAACAAUACGGUUGGUCAUUACCUAUUUCAGAUACAGAUAUACUAGUAUCAACUUGGGAACCUCCACAUGCGCAUUCUAUUACCAUGGCAAAUGUCGUGAAUAAUAAAGAAUUAGUCGAAUGUGUUGAUGAUUGGGUUAAUUAUUUAUCAGUUGUGAAGGAUAUGAUGAUAGAGCAUGAAUCAAUUGAGCAGAAGAUCAAACAAAUCUGGUCAAAAGACAGCAUGAAUUCCAAUUACGAAAUCGUGAUGAAAAAUUGGAAUAAAAAAACCAAUAUUUGCACAGACAAAUUAGACGUUGUAAAGAAUAUAUUCGUGUAUUAG